AUGCACCCUCUGAAGCUGCCAGAACUCAGGGUCCAUAUCGGUUACUUCCUGGCCACCCGUGAUAUCCUCGCCUGUACAGCAGUCUGCCAUGCAUGGUAUCGCGACUUCAAGCCCCUGUUGUAUCGGAACAUCCGGCUUGACGAGGUCACCCUCCGCUUUCUCUCCAAGGAAACGUUGCGCCAGCAUGCUCAUCUCUUUCGCCACGUCGUUCUUAUGGAACCCAUGCAUCUCACUCUAGCGAGUUUCGCUCUGUAUGUUGAUCCGCGCAAAUCCACUGCUGUUUCCUUUAAUACCCAUUCAACACAAGGACUCUUGAGAAGAUAUCAAUUGUCAGUGGAGCCGGAAUCGUUCUGCAGCAACCUCCUGUCGCUCGAUAUCCACCCUUCAUUGCUGUUUCGUAAGCGGGUGCAUGAGCUGGUUCCAAAAUACAAGGUUCUUACCGUGGGCACUGACCAAUAUGACAUGGAGAACGACGACUUUUGGUGCCUUCAGUCGACAGACGCCUGCAUCCGUUUGAUCGAGCUGAACCCAAGGUUGCAUAGCCUGACCGAGAGCUGGGACGAUAUGUCGGUAUACCACCGAAUUCGCUUCGCAAACCAGUUGUGUCGGCUUCAGACCAAUUUGGUUAUGAUGCACCUCAGCAAAUGGGAGGUGACGCCAGAGGACCUCAACAUGUUGAUAGAGAACUCGUCAAGUCUGAAAUUCCUCCGGUUUUCAAAGUUGAUUGUCAAGAGGAGCACAGGGAUGGCUGUAGGCCCACGGGAGGAUCAGGAUCAGCAGCAUCAAGCGACAGGACACAGCUCAACAAACCAUGGACAACAGCACUUGAAGCCAGCAGCAACAUUAACAGCAACGACAUCUACAGAAUCGAUGUUCAGGCCAUCUAAACUGGACUUUCGGCAACUCAGGGUCUUUGCUGUCACGCACGCCUCGUUUCAGUUGGAAGAACUGCAGAUUGAAGCCCCAGAGUUGUUGGUGCUCGAUAUCUCGUUCAGUCAAGUCAACUUCAGGCGAUCUCAUCCAUUAUACCCGCCCACGGCUCCCUUCCCGUCUUUUUCUCCUCACCACCAUCGCCAUUACCCACAAGUACUCUGGAAUGCACCACGGCUCGAGAAGCUGAUCUGCAACCGGACCGAGAGCCAUGUCGCAACCUGCACCCUGUUCGAGAUCCCGCGAGCACUGCGGAUUGUGUCGUUCGCGGACUACGAGAUCGAGUCCAGACUAAUUGCUAAUGUUGUUGCUGCGCAAGGAACGUACCUCGAAAGUAUCAGGCUCGCGUGUUUUUCGGGAAUUUCGGCCCACGAUAUCAGGCUGAUCUUGACAAACUGUCCAAAUUUGGUGAAUUUUUAUGCACCUGAGAUUAUGAUGUGGGUAGGCGACCUUGUGCCUCAUACGGCCGACGAUAGCACGGGCGAGAACGGGAACGAGAGCGAUAGCGGUGACAUGGCACGCAAGAGCUGCAAGAACGGGUGGGUGUGUCACAAACUGGAGAGGCUAUCGAUAUACGUUUGUCUGGAUUCGAGCGCAGUACCGGAAUCGACAGGACUGCAGGAUUACCCCGUUCUGUUCUAUGACUCUACAAAGACUACGUCAGCACCAUGUGGGGUCACAUCAGCCAACAAAGCAGGGCUUGCUGAAGGAGCACAGCAGCAGCAAACAUAUCAACAGCCGCCGCAGCUGAAUUUCCAAUAUCAGCAUCACCUGCAACAGCAAUCGCAACAAUGUCAGCAGGAUUCCAACCAACGCGUCUUUGAUGCGUUCAGGAACCAACUUGCGAAGCUGACAAGGCUGAGACACUUGGACCUGAGCGGCGAGCAUGUCGAGAAGGUGGAUCAUGUCCAGAUUGGAUUGCCCUGGACUAUUGAGGGCGGGAUGGAGGAGCUGGCGUCGCUCAGGGAUCUGGAACAUGUCGCAGUUACUGGCUGGAUCGACGAUAUGUGGAUCCAGGAGAUCGAGUGGAUGAAGCGCGCCUGGCCAAGGCUGGCACGCAUUUCCUUACUGAAGACCAGCUCACCAGGGAAGACUCGAUUUCAGAAUCUCCUUGCGCAGGCGUGGCCUGAGCUGACGGUGCAGGAUAAGGGCCGGACCAAUGGGUACUGCCCUCCGUUGUAUUUGUAUUAA